AAGAUUAUUGGCAGUGACAGGGUUGAGCGUGUUUAGACGAAUAUGGUAGAGAGGUUCUUCUCCGUGAGGCAGGCGGACCGCCUCAACGACAACCAAUCCGAUCCAAUUGCGCUUCUCUCCGGGCCUCCUUCCUGCGGAAAGACCUCGUUGCUAUUCCAGUUCGCAUUCAACUCCGCGUCACAAUGCAACCGCCACGUGGUGUUCAUAUGCAACCGGCGCAAGUUAGAAAGCAAACCCCCCUAUCUCUCUCAGGUGCUUCUUAGUUCUGUCUUCUCUCACACAAUUACAAACAAGGGCAUUGACCCGUCCUCGGAUACCUUUCAGCGUAUACAAAUGAAAUAUGUGGACGAUGAAGAAGGAAUUAAAAAUUACUUUGCUGCAUUCCACCUGCAUGAUACAUUUCCUGCAGCGGUUGUUGUCGAUGAUUUUGGAGACUUGUUUGUGGAAAGGAGCUGCCAAGAGAAAUAUAACAAUCCUCGCGGAAGAGACUUGGCAAUGGUUCGGACUCUAGCUUUGUGUCACAACGCAGUUAAUCAUGCAAAUAAGACGGGGCCUUGCAAGCUUCUGCUGUCAGACACACACCACGGAGACUCCCCGAGGCUGCUCUUCAUCUACAAGAGAUGGGUACCAGCCAUUUUCACAAUUAGAGGUGAUGGCUCAGGAUCGUUUUUUCUGAUGAAAAGCAACAGCAGCUCGGGGAGUGGCAGCUCAGUGAGGACGAGAACUGCAAACUACUCCAUCGCUCUGCAGUAUCUGUUUUUGGAGGAGAUCACCCAAGACAGUGAACUGUAAUUGCAUAUAUAUCUAGGUGAAAUUGCUGCAUCAUAAGCCCAAGACUUGAUGGCAGUUUCAAAUAUGUAAAACCUAAAAGUUGAAAUUCUUCGCACCUAUCUUUACCUAUUGUUAAGAAUAUAUUACUACACCUAUAAUUUUCUUAAUUGUUUUGCUUUAAUUGUAAUGCACCCGCCCUUUAGUUGCGUUGCUUAA